UCAGUCGUGACCGCGGCCAAGUUGUAGAGGAACUCGGGCACGCGCCCCAGGUAGACUUGCCCACAGGUGCGUGUGUUAGUUAACGUGUGCAACUCUCUCUAACUAGGACGCAACUUUGGAAGAAAACAAGCACACCAAACACGCACCCGACAACAGACAUUAGGGGAAAAAUGUUGCUGUCACUGGUGAAUGUUUCAUUGAGGAAGAAAAUAUGAUAUCGCGCGGGUAAAGCCUAAUUGUCACUUACUUUCCUGGUGGAUGGCUUGAGCGCAUCUCCGCGGACUCGAAAUGGAUCCUCACCUAAACAGACCAUGGCACGUUUUGCAUCUUAUUUGCGGCGUUUUAAAUGUCCUACAUGGCUCCGUGGGGGAAAUCCCACCUCACCCCACGCUGGAUGGUGGUGUUGCUGCUGGCGGUGGUGUGACGCUGGUGCCCCCGAUCGAGCCGGACGGGCCACAGGCCUACCCGGAGCCCGAAAAGGACAGCUUGCCCGUUUUCACCAUGGACUACCCGAGGAUCCAAAUCCCUUUCGAGAUCACUCUGUGGGUGCUGCUAGCCUCUUUUGCCAAGAUUGGCUUCCACGUGUACAAUAAGAUCACUGUUUGGGUACCCGAGUCCUGCCUGCUGAUCACCGUCGGCCUCAUCGUCGGCGCCAUCAUGCAUUCGGUUAACGAGGAACCCCCCGCCGUGCUGUCCAGCAAUGUCUUUUUCCUCUACAUGUUGCCGCCCAUCGUCCUCGACUCGGGCUACUUCAUGCCCACCAGGCCUUUCUUCGAAAACAUCGGCACGGUGCUGUGGUUUGCAGUGAUCGGUACCCUGUGGAACAGCAUCGGUAUCGGCAUGUCGCUUUUCGCCAUAUGCCAGAUCGAGGCGUUCGGCGUGCAAGACAUCAACCUACAGGAGAACCUAUUGUUUGCUGCCAUCAUCUCAGCCGUGGAUCCCGUGGCCGUGCUGAGCGUCUUCGAAGACGUGUCGGUCAACGAGCAGCUCUACAUAGUGGUAUUCGGAGAGUGUCUCUUUAACGAUGCCGUCACCGUGGUGUUGUACAACAUGUUCAACUUUGUGGCAGAAAUGCCAGUGGUGGAACCGGUGGACGUGUUCCUGGGCGUGGCCCGCUUCUUCGUGGUGGGCUUGGGCGGCAUGGGCUUCGGCGUGCUGUUCGGCUUCGUGGCAGCCUUCACCACCAGGUUCACCUCCAAGGUGCGGGAGAUCGAGCCGCUCUUCAUCUUCAUGUACAGCUACCUGGCCUACCUGGUGGCCGAGCUCUUUGCCAUCUCGUCCAUCAUGGCCAUCGUGACGUGCGCCCUCACCAUGAAGUACUAUGUGGAGGAAAACGUCUCUCAGCGCUCGUGCACCACCAUCCGCCACGUGGUCAAGAUGCUGGGCUCCAUUUCGGAAACGCUGAUUUUCUUCUUCCUGGGCGUGGUCACCAUCACGACGGAGCAUGAGUUGAACUGGGGCUACAUCCUCUUCACGCUGCUCUUCGCCUUUCUGUGGAGGGGCCUUGGUGUCUUGGUGCUGACUCAAAUCAUCAACCCCUUUCGCACCAUCCCCUUCAACCUAAAGGAUCAAUUUGGUCUGGCCUACGGUGGCCUGCGAGGGGCAAUUUCCUUCGCCUUGGCCUUCACAUUGCCGAAUAACAUCGGGCGCAAACAACUUUUUGUCACAGCCACCAUCGCCAUCAUCAUCUUCACUGUCUUUCUGCAGGGGAUCAGCAUCCGGCCUUUGAUCGAGUACAUUAACGUGCGCAGAACCAACCGCAAUUUGGACACCAUCAACGCUGAAAUUCACUGCAGACUGAUGGAACACACCAUCGCUGGCAUCGAGGACCUGUGCGGACAGUGGAGUCACUUCUACUGGAAGGACAAGUUCAUGAAGUUCAACACUCGCAUCCUGCGUCGGAUCCUGAUCCGGGACAACCGUGCCGAGUCGAGCAUUGUGGCGCUGUACAAGAAGCUGGAGCUGCAGAACGCCAUGGAGAUCCUGGACACGGUGUCGGGAGACAUCAGCGCUGCCCCAUCCAUCGUCUCUCUGCAUGAGGAGAAGAAAGGUCCCACUAAGCCUAAGAGGAAAUUCCUGGCCACUGACCUGAGGAACAUGCAUGACCUUCUGGCCAAGAACAUGUACAAGAUCAGACAAAGGACGACAUCAUACACCAGCAAGCAUGCGCUGCCCAAUGACAGCCGCACCAAAGAGAUUCUCAUCCGGCGCCACUCCAGCAUCCGGCGCAGCCUCCGCCCGGGAAGCUUCCAAACGGCAUUGGUGCCCAAAUCGCACAAGUACUUCUCACUUCCUGCUGGGAAGAACCUGGACUCGAAUUUCCCACCUGUGAGGCAGAGCGACACUGACGACCACGAAGCCAUGUCCGAGUUUUCGUUCCCCGCCAGACGCUCUCACUUGGCCCCGCCCUCACGCUCGUCAUCCAGGGCAGCGCUUCAUCUGCGGCGGCUGGACACGUUGGAGGAAGUUCCGUCCGUGGACUUCCUGGACGAAAGACGGCCCCGGAGGGGUCUAGCUAGACCACAUUCUACGUCUGUGGAGCCUCGCCGCCACGGAGACCUGUCAGAAAAAGAAAACGACAACAGAGGCGGCUCCACUGUGGCUCCUGCCUGGGCUGCGGAACAUCGAGACGAAACUGCUCAGAAUCCUCUGCUCAGGAGGCCUCAAUGGAAGCCCAAAAAGUGAAGACAUCACCACAUGCAACAUCGACACCGCAUGGCCUUUUCGUUUGUUUAUUUGUUUGUUCUUUUUUUAUUUUAACAACAACAACUAUGCAACUUAAACUGGAAGAACAAUGAACAUUGUGGUCCAUAUUGAAAAAUUUAGGAAUUUAAUCUGUCUCUAGUAUUUUUGUAAUGUAUUUAAACUUUUUUAAGGUGAGUAUUGUGUGUGUUAUUUUUAACUACAUAUACCAGUAAAUAUUGCUUUUAAUUCAU